CCACUUUUGGCUUUUAAAGCAUCUCAAAAGAACCAACCACCCCUAAACGCAUUAAAAUGGCAUUCAAAUUCGUUACCUUGUUCGCUGCUCUCGUAGCUGUUGCCAGCGCCGGUGUUCUGCCAGCUGCUCCCUUGGCCGCCGUUGCUAAAGUUGAGGAAUACGACCCCCAUCCCCAAUACUCUUAUGGUUAUGAUGUUAAGGAUGCCCUCACCGGUGACUCUAAGACUGCCGUUGAGACCCGUGAUGGUGGUUUCGUCCAAGGUCAAUACUCUUUGAAUGACGCUGAUGGUUACAGACGCAUUGUCGACUACACCUCUGACCCCGUCAACGGUUUCAACGCUGUUGUCCGUCGUGAACCUUUGGUAGCUGCCGUUGCUGCUGCCCCCGUCGUUAAGGCUGCCGUAGCUGCUCCCGUUGUUGCUGCCCCUGCUCCAGUUGUUAAGGCAGCCGUUGCUGCUCCAUUCACCUAUGCCGCUGCUGCUCCAGUAGUGAAGGCUGCCUACUCUACUGGUCCAGUCGCCUAUGCCGCCCCCGCUGCUUAUGCUGCCGCUCCUGUUGUUAAGGCCGCCGUUGCUGCUCCCUUCACCUAUGCCGCUGCCGCUAACGUCCCAGCUCCCGUUGUUGCUGGCCCAGCUGUUGUAAAAACUAGCUUCGCAUCUCCCCUUAUCUCUUAUGCUUAUUAGAUAAAAACGGAUCGACUGUGAUUGUUAGUUGUUAUGGAUGAAUAAAGA